AUGACUGGCUGUAUGUAUGUACGCAGCUUCAAUGACCAAUUCCGUCUGUUAACAGGGAAUAUAUGGAAGCAACCGGUCUUUCUAUUUGCAACAGCCAGAGGCAAUGUGAAGUGCUGUACAGUAUUUUUCUCUACUACAGAUGAAGCAGAUGAGACCAAGAUUAAGGAGAAAAAGAAGAUUAAAAAGGAGAUUAUUGAGAAAGAGGAGUCAGUCGAUGAUUUUGAAAUUCUGGAUGCUGAGAUAGAGGCCUUGGAUACUCCUUUAAAGCAUCAACUAUCCCAGUCUUCCUCCCCGCCUCAUCGUACGAGGAAAAGAUAUGUGAUCAGGGAGGAUGAUAAGAAUCGGGCAGCCGAAUAUGGGCCAUCAGGUCUCUAA